AUGGUGCAAAGCGCUGGAGCAUCUGGUUCAUACGGCGCAGCAUAUGGGAUUGUUGCAGACAUAACAACAGUUGAUGAACGUGGGUCUUAUGUAGGGUCUAUGCUCGUUUUUACCAACGCUGCUCCAAGUUUUGGUCCGGUCAUCGCCGGGCUACUCACGGAGAAGCUGAGUUGGAGAUGGAUAUUCUGGUUUCUGGUCAUACUGACUGGCACUUACCUGCUCCUCAUCAUCAUUCUACUUCCGGAGACACAACGUCAAAUCGUAGGGAAUGGAAGUUUAAAGGCCCACAGGAUUCAUAGAAGUCUGUUUGACUCUCUCACCCGGGACCGAAAGAUCAACUCGGUGGGGCAAGUUCAAGGACUUCAGGAUGGCAAGCGGCGAUACCACAUCCCCAACCCCUUCAAGUGCAUUGCGAUGUUGUUUUCCAAAGGCAACUUCAGCGUCAUCCUGAUAGGUUCUAUAACCUAUGCAGUCAAGAUGACAUUGCAAAGCUCACUGUCAGCUCAGUGCAUUGAUGUCUACAAGUUGAAUUAUCUACAAGCAGGGCUCAUUUACCUACCUUCAGGGGUAGGAGGUGCGAUAGCGUCAUAUACAACAGGCAAAAUUCUAGACAAAAACAUCCAGAGGGUAUCCAUGAGGCAAGGACGAGACAGCCGAUAUCGUCGAGGUGAUGACAUAUCGGACUUUCCAAUCGAAGAGGCACGGCUUGCGGGGAUCUACAUGCUAGUUGCUCUAAGCUCAGUUACCACCGCAGGCUAUGGAGUGAGCCUCAUGCAAGAAUCGCACAUUGCCGUUCCUUUGGUGAUGCAAUUCAUAAGCGGUGCCACCACCUCGAGUAUAUUCACAGUUUGCGGCACCCUUCUGACGGACUUGAACCCCAAAGCAUCAGCAACAGUCCAGGCGUCGUACAAUCUUGUACGGUGCAUUGGAGCGGGCGCUGCCAUCGCGGCUCAGCAACCCUUGACAAACGCCACAGGCUUAGGCUGGAGCUUUGGCAUAUUUUCACUAACUAUGUUGUUCGCAGCCCCGUUGGCCAUGUUGCUCAGGAAGAAGGGUCUAAGAUGGAGGGCAUCCCCGAAAACCUGA